CCGGCUGCUGUGGUGGGAAGGUCUCCGCGUGUGAGUGAAGUUUUUAUGUCUCUGCUUUCAUUCAGUGGAUGCUCAGUGGCCCCCGAAGUGUUUGGAUUUAACUGCAGAGCGGCCGGCUGACAGGUGGAGAAGCAUUGAGACUUUAGAAGGAGUGUGGAGGCAGAAUGUGGAAGGUCCAGGGCUGGUUUCUGCUGCUGGUCCUCUCUGCUGGCAGCUUAGAGGCGUUUUGGUGGUCCACAGAUAAAGAACCCACCACCCAGCCGCCGGCAACUACAGCUGGGUUCACAGAUGCUGCCACGACGCCGAAGAAUGCAACCGAAGAGGAUGAUAAUCUGACGGAAGUUGGCGAGGAAGUGAUCAACGUCACCGCUGGGAUCCGCGAGUCACUCAAGGCCUGGGACUCGACCCCUACACCUGGAACUAUGAACGGAACUUUGAGUGAGGAGAUGGUGGUUCCAAACACCAACACAACCGGGUACAAGUCAGUCUCCUUUCUGAAAGUUUUCCUGGACCCUCGGGUGGAAAGGCUCAUCAAGGUUCCAGGUGUCGGAUCAGCUUAUGACAUUAGACGUGGAGCUCCGGCGGGUCAGAUGAUCAAGGCGUUGUUCCCCAACCCUUUCUACCGUCACUUCUCCCUCCUCUUCCACAUCAAACCCACCACCCCGGCCGCCUCCGUCCUCUUCGCCAUCACGGAUGCCGCGCAGAGGCUCAUGUAUGUGGCAGUCAAGCUCAGCGCCGUGGAGUCGGGCCGCCAAAGAGUCCAGUUCUUCUACACAGAGCCCGACUCUGAAGGUUCCUACGAGGCGGCUAGUUUCGAGGUGCCGACCAUGGUGGACCAAUGGACUCGCUUCUCAUUGGCAAUCCACGAGGAGCAGGUGAUCUUCUACCAGGGAUGUGACUCAGCGCCGCAGGUGGUGAAGUUUGAGCGCUCACCAGACCUCCUGGAGCUAGAUGAUCAGUCCUGGGGCUUUCUGGGCUCAGCAGGCACGGCUGACCCCGACAAGUAUUCGGGCGACAUGGCCGAAGUGACUCUAGUGGGAGAUCCUCUGGCAGCAGAGCGACUCUGUGAGGACGACGACGACUAUGAUGCUGCCUCUGGGGAUUUCGGGAGCGGCGAGGCUGAAAGGAGAAUAACUGGAAAGGCCACCAUCACUGUCAGACCCAUGCCUGAACCCCCUCUCAUCUCGGUCAAAGGUUCCAGUGUCAGAGUUCCAGCUGGCUCAGGAGGUCAGAAAGGAGAUCGAGGAGCAAAAGGCGAGCGAGGCCCUGCCGGACCAAAAGGAGACCCAGGUUCUGUUUCACUCUCAGCAGGAGGCGGUGGACAGAAGGGUGAGAAGGGAGAGAAGGGAAGUUCCGGCUCUGAAUUUUCUGGAAAUAAAGGUGAGCGUGGAGCACAGGGGCCACCUGGGCCUCCGGGUCCCCCCGGCCCUGCAGCGGAGGUGGUCCGACUUGGAGAUGGCUCUGUGGUGCAGCAGGUUGCUGGACCACCUGGACCCCCUGGAGCACCUGGAUUAGAUGGACCUGCUGGACCUCCAGGAGCUGAUGGGGAGCCGGGGGAUCCUGGGGAAGAUGGAAAAGCUGGUCCGGCUGGUCCUGGUGGAGUCCCAGGAAUACCUGGAGUGCCUGGUCUGAAAGGAGAAAAGGGUGACCCUGGAGAGAGUAGGCCAGGACCGAGAGGCCCGCCUGGUCCACCAGGACCUCCUGGACCUGGAGCUGGUGAUCACCCGACAUUUUUCGACAUGGAGGGCUCAGGACUACCAGACCUUGACAAAUUCAGGGGUUUCCGCGGACUUCCUGGUCCCCCAGGCCCUCCCGGCCCUCCCGGGCUCCCUGGAACCUCUGUUACUUCAGGAGCGAAUGGACCUGUGGCUAUUGGGCCUGCUGGACCACCUGGACAAGAUGGCGUCCCUGGCUUACCAGGUCGUCCUGGUCCUCCUGGCACUCCUGGUCGACCCGGACUCCCCGGACAGAAGGGCGAGUGCACUGAACGCAGUCUACCUGGAGGUUCAGGGGAAAAGCAACAAGAAUCCAACUUUUUCACCAACUUGUUCUCCUACUUCACUCCAUCCUCUGACAAUGCUAAUGGGACGCAGGGUUCUCAGGGUGAAACAGGGCCACCGGGCACACCAGGACUGACUGGACUCGCAGGACUUCCUGGUCCAAUGGGACCUGUCGGGCCUCCAGGACCUCCUGGACCACCGGGACCUCCGUACCGUGGAGGCUAUUCGGAUCAGGAAGGUGAUGAGUUCCCUGCAGGUUUACCAGGACCCAGAGGACCACCAGGACCCCAGGGUCCUCCGGGUAUUGCAGGCAUACCAGGGCGGCCGGGAUUGCCAGGUAACCAUGGCGAUAAAGGAGCCGAGGGUCCAAAAGGGCCGAUUGGAGUUUCCGGUCAAGAUGGAUUCCCUGGACUCCCUGGUGAAAAGGGAGACAGAGGAGACAAGGGCGAAAGUGGUCAGCCAGGGCGUGACGGCGGCCCACCCGGACCUCCAGGCCCACCAGGGCCACCAGGACCGGUCAGCUACGGCCCCGGGGGUGAUUAUAACGACGUGUAUUGGAGCGAGGGGUGGCAGGGAGGUCCAGGAUCAUCACCAGGUCUCCCCGGACCGAAAGGAGACAAAGGCGACACAGGUCCAGCAGGAUAUGCACCAAAGGGUGAAAAAGGGGAGCCUGGGAUCAUCUUAGGGCCUGAUGGACAACCUCAGUAUCUGGGUCACCUGUCAGGACGGCCGGGAGAUCCGGGACCAGUUGGCCCGGUCGGACCACCAGGUCCAUAUGGUCCUGCAGGCCAGAAAGGAGAGAUUGGAUUCCCAGGUCGACCGGGUCGACCGGGGCUGAAUGGAGUCAAGGGAGAGAAGGGAGAUUCAGGCACUGGGGGAGGAUACUCAUAUCCUGGUCCUCCAGGUCCUCCGGGCCCACCCGGGCCGCCCGGGCCUUCUUAUCCGAGCGACAGAAACAGAGGUUAUGACGGGGGCACCCAGUACUUCCCUGCUUCUAAAGGAGAGAAGGGCGAUCGUGGUUUUCCUGGGAUACCUGGAUUACCAGGAGCUGGAACGAAUUUCGAUGUGAAUGCUUUCAGGUAUGAGCUGAAAGGUGAAGCAGGCUUAAAGGGAGAAAAAGGAGAACCAGGUGGAGGGUAUUACGACCCCCGAUAUGGAGCAUACGGAGGACAAGGACCCCCUGGACCACCAGGUCCCAAAGGUGACGCCAUUGUGGGGCCUCCAGGCCCUCAGGGGCCACCUGGUCAGCCAGGAAGAGGUUAUGACGGCCAACCUGGACCACCUGGGCCACCAGGACCUCCUGGGCCCUCCCUGCCUGGAGCGCACAGAGGAAGCCAAACUAUCAAUAUUCCUGGACCACCGGGUCCACCUGGGGUUCCAGGUCUGCCUGGACUGUCCUCUGGGGUGACAGUGCUGCGCUCCUACAACACCAUGACUGCCACUGCCAGACGGCAACCCGAGGGCUCGCUGGUCUACAUACUGGACCAGACCGAUCUCUACCUCCGCGUCCGAGAUGGCGUCCGCCAAGUUCAGCUCGGAGGCUACAUAGCUUUGCCCGCAGAGGACGGUAACGAGGUGUUAGCGGCGGAGCCCCCUCCAGUCGUCCCGUAUUCGCCGGACCACCACUCCAACACUGGCAGCUCCUACCACAACACACACAGGCAGCCGCAGAGCCCCGUCCAUCCCACGGCUGUGUAUGCUUCUACACCAGACAGGUCUCCUCAAUACCCUCCGCAGCCUCCACACCCAAACUACCCAGACCCCAGGUACCAGCCUGACACUCGCUAUCAGCCGGACCCACGCUACCCACCACCCACGGACCCCAGGUUUCCCAGUUACACUGACCGCCUGAACUAUCCAGACAGUCGGUAUCCCACUCACUCAGCUCAAGAGCGGCCAGAUGGUCGCUUUGCUGUAACUCCACGACGCCCUCCGGUUUCUGUACCCCAGACUCCCCCCCACCAUCACACAUCCGGUCCAGGGCUUCACCUGAUCGCCCUGAACGGGCCUCAGACUGGAUCCAUCCGCGGCAUCCGAGGAGCUGACUUCCUGUGCUUCACUCAGGCUCAGGCUCUCGGGAUGAAAGGAACAUUCAGAGCUUUCUUGUCCUCAAAGCUUCAGGACCUCCACAGCGUCGUUCGCAAGUCAGACCGAGACACUAUCCCGAUCGUCAACCUGAAGGACGAGGUUCUGUUCGACAACUGGGAAGCCAUCUUCAGCGACGGACGGAUGAAAGACAACGUCCCCCUUUACUCUUUCGAUGGCAAAGACGUGCUGAGAGACGACGCCUGGCCAGAGAAGAUGAUGUGGCAUGGCUCCACCAGCAGUGGGCAGAGGCAGGUGGACAGUUACUGCGAGACGUGGCGCGUGGGCGACCAGGCGCUGACCGGCAUGGCAUCCUCCCUGCAGAGCGGCAGUCUGCUCCAGCAGAGCUCCAGCAGCUGCUCCAGCUCUUACGUGGUGCUGUGCAUCGAGAACAGCUACAUCGGCCAUGCCAAGAGAUAAACACACACUGAUCCUGACACACGCACUCACACAUGGUAUUAUAUAUCUGCACUGCAUGUGGUGCUUGUAAAUAAAUGUUUUGAUAUUCAGUUAAUGCUCUCCUGCCGUACAGACAUGGUGCUAUCCAGUAUUGUUCCCGCCCAUUGCUGCUGCUGACAUGUAAGCAACACUGAUGGAGGAAGUGGAGUGUUCACAAACAAACAGAAUAUAUCACAGCUAUAUAUAAACGUGUUCAUUAAGCAAUUCACUGCAUUCAUUCUGGCUGACAAGCUGCUACCAAACUCCAUCUGUUUUUUGAGAGGCACACUUCCAUAAUGUGUCAUAACAGAACCGCUCAUGAUGCGCUCCACUCAUCUCAGAUGUGAGAAGUCGGAGCUGGGAGUGACGUCACGGCUGAGUUCAGCUUGUUCCAGUUAACCAUCCACGAGAGCCAUUCUCCCGUGCGCUUGUCCCCAUGCCAUUCUUGAUAAAUAUGCUCUCAGUUUGUGACUGGGACAGAAAUUCUUCUGCGUUUUUCAUUGCUUCCAAAUUUCUACUCUUCCUGUUUUACUUUUGGGGAAGUCAUUGCGUACUUGGGUUGCGGGAAUUCUACUUGGGGGAGUGGGAGGGCCGUAACUGUUAGGCGGCAAGUUCAGAGCCCAACUGGAAUUCACCCUUAUAACAAUUGAAGUUCUAAAAGAUAAAUAUCUAGAGCAGAAAUUCUGAGCCUAUUUAUACUGAACUUUGAAUUAUAUUUCAGAAAUGUCAUUGAAACUGCAGUUUUUAUUUUGGCAACUCAUGUGACUGCUUUUAUUCAUGAGACAUUUCAAUGCGGCGUAAAUUAAAAAAUAAAACUAUUUGAAAACAGUGUUAAAUAUUUUCCCUUCAACUUGGGCUUUGAGUGAGUCAGCAAAUUAUGUCAUUCAGGCCCACUGACUUUGCUGUGUCACUCUAGUGGCCUGUGUCAUUCUGUCAUAGAAAAUUUCUACUGUUCAUUGUGAACAAAAAGACUCAAGACUCGAGACUCAAUUGCAUUGAUACCUGACCCUUUUUUAAAAAUGAGAUGACACUUCUGAGGAGUGGCCUGUUGUUUAUCAUCUGUAAACCAUGGUGUCAUUCUUUUGAUGAUGUCUGUGACAUUUCAAAUUUGUCCAAAUAUCUAAAAGAUUGGACGGAACCAAAUUGUUUCUCACAGUCAGGGACGGUACAUAACCACAGCUUCAGCAGUGUUUCAGAAAGUAUGAUCAGGAUAAGAAGCCCUCUGUGCUUCGGAAGGUGAAACUUCAAAGGUGACAGGAAGUCAGCUCUAGAACAUUUAUGCAGGAAGAUUAAAAUCCAAGAAUUAAGAGACUUUAUUGCUUUUGUUUUGUACAUCAUUCCCAUCAUCAUGAAAAGCUCUCUACACUCCACCUAAACUGGAAAAACCAACAUCACUAAAUUCCACAUUCAAUUUUAUGAUAUUAUUUCCUGGUCUGAUCAUGCGAAUUUAGUAUUUCAAAUGGUGAGCGGCACUUCAGAGAAUAAAUAUUUUUACAUUAACACUUGUUAUUUGUAUAAUCCAAAGCACUUAGGGGUCUCAUUUGAGAUUACAUUUCAAAAUUGUUUUUGGACGACAAGUUAUUUAUUUUUUUUACUGCUUUUUCUACUCAGCUGAUGAUGUAAAACCACACUAUCCACACAACAAGUAGGGUCAAGGUUCCUUUAUAUAUUCAUUCAUUUUGACAACAUAUUAACAACGCACAUGAGAGAAACAUAUGUACAGAAAUGAAAAUGAUAGUGAAAAUGUUUUUCAACUGCAUUGUUUUCAUGGGUGGUGAAUGCGUUUUAGCCGCAAGCAAGUCAUGAUGAUGAUGAUGAUAUUACAAACUGACGCAGGUGUGGGCCAUGUUGUGACCUGUAUCUUAACACUCUGUAAUUUGCCACUUUCAUCGUGUAAACAUUUGAAUAAACCUGUUUGGAA